AUGGGUAAUCCGCAUACUACAGCUGUCCAUAUAAGGAUUAAUGCCAAUGCUGAUCUCUACAAAUAUGGGAUAUACGACGAUAGCGACACACUCGACUGCACUGUAAUCAUAACAAAAAACAAUCUUACAUUACCCAGUCCAGUGCGCAAACACAUCAACACAAUUCACAACAUACUAGUACCUACUAUUUACAUACUAUUCUCAGCAGUGGCGUCACCUACGGGAUCAUCCAACAAUCAUACAAACUAA